UUUCAGAAAAAUGGCGGAUACGCCUCCCGCCGAUAAUGCUAUGGCCUCAUCUCCGUCCCGCGGAGAAUCUCUUUCUCCCCGGGGCUCCCCGGCCUUAAAUCAAGACCAGGCCUCUCCGGAUAUUAAUAGUUCGUCCUCUCCGCCGCGAGACUCUACUGUGCCGCGAGAUUCAACUCCACCGCGAGAGUCUACACCUCCUCCCACAUCUACUAGUGACCUGGACUCUCCGCCUCCUUCUCCAGACUACUCUCCUCCGAAACCAUCCAGCGGACAGGAAAAGCAGAGGACAGAGGGUCGUGAUGAGAGGAGAAGAGGACGUGAUGAAGAAAGGAUCGGAGGACGGGAUGAGGAGAGGGAAAGAAGGAGAAGAACAAGCAAAUCAGAUCGAUCCUCCGAUGGAGAGGAUAGGAAAGAUAAUAAGACCCAAACAGCUCUACAGAGAAAUCUGCUCGCUAUUGCAACAGGAUCAGCUGAAUCCAGGGCUGCUGGAAUGUACUUGAAGGAACAAGUGGAACUUUACAAGAAAAACAAUAACAGAGAAUUUGGGGAUGAGAAUCCAACAGAGGAGGAAAUAAAGAAACAAAUAUUUCUACCCAAGGAUAUAUCCGAGUUCAAGGAACCUUUGAAGAUGUGGGUACCUGUUACGCUUAAUGUCGUUCCAGGUUGGGAUAAAUCUAAACUCCCAGCCGAGGAGAUUGUACGACCUCCAGACUGGAGACCUCCAACACCACCUAAAGUUGACCUCAGUUUGACACCACUGUUGGAUCGGAUUAAAGCUGACUCGGACUUCAAGGUGCCUACUGCGGAACCGGUAAAAAGAACGGUGACAGACAAAGCUACUGCUCGGGAUCUGGAAGAUUUAGAUGACGAUGACGGUAUUCUCGUCAGAGGAGGGUUAGGCUUCGUCAGAUUCACUAAGGCUGAGUUUCUGAAGGCUAAACAGAAAUCCCGAGACGAUGAACGUCAAUUUGAACGAAGCUUCGAUCGUCGAGGCGGAGGCCGCGGGGGGCGUGGUGGAGGCCGAGGUCGUGGAGGAGGUCGGGGUGGUGGACGGGAUGCACGAGGUCGAAGUGGAGGAGGUUGGCCUCAGGGUAGAAAACGAUCUGCCAGUUCUACUCCAGGACGGGAUGAUGAUAGAUCAAAACGGGCCAGGAGAGGAAGCAGAUCACCGCUUCGACGAGAUUCUAGACCCGAUCCCAGGGAUCGAAGGGAAUCUCGUGACGAUCGUCAUCGUUCAGACUCCCACCGUGACCCCAGAGGGGAUCGUAGAGACGAAAGACGGGAUCGAGGAGAUGAUCGUAGAGGCGCAAGGGAGAUCAAACGAGAGCCAAGGGAAGAGAGAUCCAGGGAUGACAGUAAUGAAAUGGACAGACGAAGGACAGCGGAGGAACCAAGAGGGAUAAAACGGGAAAACCGGGACCUGGACAGACACCGGGGGGAGUCCGUCAGAUCAACCAGGGAAGAAAGAUCAAUAAUUGAUCGAUUGGGUAGAUCAGGGACAGAAAGAUCUACUGAUCGAGAAGAAAUGUUAAUUAGGGUGCGGUUGGAUUAUGAAAGAUCUUGCCCAGAUCGUCGUGAUCUUGAGAGAUCACCAAUGACAGAUCGGGUAGGGUCGAAAAAUCAGGUUUGGGAUCGAUUAGAACAUGAAAGAGGGUCCAGCGGUGGAGAUCUGCGGGAACGAGAUCGUAGGUCAGGUGGAGGACUCGAGGACAGGGGAAGACCUCGAUACGAUGAUAGAGGACAAAGUAGAGGAUAUGAUGAUCAUGAUGGACAGGUUCACAGAAUUAAAGAGGAACCCGUCUACAAUCGUAGAUCACCUGGUAGAGUUGAUUCACGUGACCGAAUGGAACGACCUCGAUCCUCUCAUAGGGAACCACACAGGCACGGUAGAGUUCAAUCGCCGAGGGAUUAUGAUCGCAAUCGUCAAACAGAUCGAUACGCAUCGCCUUACUCAGACGCUCGGCCGUCGUCCAGCCGUGCUCCACUCUCGCCAGAUGGUUACAGCCGUAGUCGCGAAUAUCCGGAAAGAUUAAGAGAGCGGGAGAUUCCACGAUCAUUAACUGAUGUCCGAGAAAGAUCUCCAACUGGUGGUGGUUCGUCCAUGCCAAGGAAACCUGCUACCUACGCUGAAUUCAGAAAGAUGAAGGAGAAAGGUCUCAUUAAGUAAUCAACCUUUUUAGUUCAAGAUCCUUACUCCCUGGACCCAGCUUGUAAAUAUACAUUUUACAUUGUACAAUGUUCAAGCUCGGUCAUGUGCAAUGUAUAAUUUUAAACCGUUUUUUAAGUUUAUGCUUUGAAAUUGUUACUCAUGUGGACUCGCAUCUCUUACUUUCGGUGUACACUGUGCAUUGUGUGUACAGUGUACACUGCACAGUAUUGUGUGUACAGUGUACACUGUACAGUAUUGUGUAUA